UCUCUGAUAAUGCAGCAUGGGCGAAAAUACCAGACCGAAGAGCUACAGCUGAGGAAGCGUACCCCCCUACUGUCAACGAUUUUGAACGAUUGAACGAAAGUGAUGUUCCAACAAUGCCGAUAGUGGAUAAACUCAAGGAGGCAUUAAAACCUGGUCGAAAGGAGACGGGUGAUGAGGGCGACCUCAACAAACUGUUGGCAUCUUCUGCCAAGAAGGUCCUUCUGCAGAAGAUAGAGUUUGAGCCUGCCAGCAAGGGUUUCUCCUACCAACUGGACAGCCUGAAGAACAAGUAUGUGAUCCUCAAUCCCAGGAAUGAGGGCGCUACGGGCCAGAAGGCCACCGAGCCUGCCCAAAUAAAGAGGCAAGUCUCAGAGAACGUGGUUGGGGGCCAGAGCGAUGGGAUCCCCGCCCCGCAGAAGAUGCUCUUUCCAGGGAACAAGCUUACCCUUAAAUGGGAGCGUGUGUACAGGGUGGGAGCCGGCCUCCACAACCUAGGAAACACCUGCUUCCUCAACUCCACAGUGCAGUGUCUCACCUACACCCCGCCACUUGCCAACUACUUACUCUCAAAGGAGCACAGCCGUGCCUGUCACCAGUCAGGCUUUUGUAUGAUCUGUGUAAUGCAGAACCACAUCAUCCAAGCCUUUGCCAACACGGGCAAUGCCAUCAAGCCUGUCUCCUUCAUCAGAGACCUGAAAAAAAUUGCCAGACAUUUUCGCUUCGGAAGCCAGGAGGACGCCCAUGAAUUUUUGCGGUACACCAUCGAUGCCAUGCAGAAAGCCUGUCUUAAUGGCUACCCAAAGCUCGACAGGCAGACCCAGGCCACAACGCUGGUUCACCAGAUCUUUGGAGGUUACCUCAGGUCAAGAGUGAAAUGCUCUAUUUGUAAAAGUGUGUCAGACACGUAUGACCCCUACCUGGACAUCGCCGUGGAGAUACGGCAAGCAGCAAACAUCGUGCGCGCCCUGGAGCUGUUUGUUAAACCAGACGUACUAAGUGGAGAGAAUGCCUACAUGUGUGCCAAGUGCAAAAAGAAAGUGCCAGCGACCAAGCGCUUCACAGUCCAUAGAACGUCCAACGUGCUGACCCUCUCACUGAAGAGGUUUGCCAACUUCAGCGGAGGGAAAAUAACAAAGGAUGUUGGUUACCCAGAAUUCCUGAACAUCCGACCCUACAUGUCUCAGAGCUCAGGCGAUCCGGUUAUGUACGGCCUCUAUGCUGUUCUGGUGCACUCUGGCUACAGUUGUCACGCUGGCCACUAUUACUGCUACGUCAAGGCAAGCAACGGACAAUGGUACCAAAUGAAUGAUUCAAUGGUGCACUCUAGUAACAUCAAAGUGGUCUUGAACCAGCAGGCCUACGUGCUUUUCUACCUGAGGAUCCCUGAAACCAAGAAGAAUGCCGAUGGGCAGCCCACCAAGCAGGGGAUGCUGCAUCAUGGCAAGAACAGUCUGUCAUCUGAACAGAUAAAGAGGGCCAACCUGAACGGGCCUCUUUCCUCCCCGCAGGUCACAAAGAAACUUGAGCCUGCACAGCUGCGCAAGAUCCAGUCAAUGGAUGGUGGUUUGGGCCUGCCCAUUUCCAGGAAUGGUGUGAGCUCUCAGCAACAGCCCAGACUCUCCAACUGGACGUCCUCCUCCAACGGCCCGCCAAAGCUGCCGAGUGGACCCACGGUCAUCGAGGAACCUUUCAAGAAGCUGAAGAAGCCCUCUCCCCAGAGCCAAGUGCAGUCCCGCAGCAGCACUCCCGCACCUUCCAACAACGGGGUCAGCAGGACGGAGGGAGAUAAAAAGCAAGGUGGCGAGGGCAGAGGCAUGGCAGCGUCUACCUCAAUUAAGUCUUUGUCUGACUCUUCCUCUGCCGACACCACUGACUCAAAGGACUCUGCUGGUCCUAAAAGUGCGCCAGCAGGAGAGACUCCCUCCACCCCACGGAGAGGCUCCAAUGGCCUGGCGUCUCCAGCCAAGAGUGUGGAGCGCUCUCAGAGCACGGAGGAGCAGAAGACGGCGAAGAUAAAACCCCCGGCCCUCAACAACAUCACAUCUGAAGCCACCAGCACCAUGUCACCUCCACCCGCCAAGAAACUGGCCCUGUCAGCCAAGAAGGCUCGCAACCGGAGUCCGAGCAGCAUUGAUGCUCUGCCCCCUUUGCCACGCCAGCUGCCCCGUGACCCCACGCAUCAAAAUCAACUUCACCCCCUCACCUUUGCCUCACCCACUCACAAUCACAGAGCCGGUCCAUUUCAUUCACCUAAAGUCCAGUCAUCGCAGCCUUUCGCCCACUCAAGUGGAUCCUUCAAACAGCAGAGCCCUCAGAAACAGUUCCUUCUCUCCACACUGCAAAAACCAAACGCCAGCCUUUCUCUCAAGACCAACGGGAUUCAUAGUGCCGGCCCAAAGAGCCCCAAGUCUUCCAACAACCUCAGCUCCUUGGCCCAAGAACCAGACCUCAACAGCCCUCCGGCUCAAAAGGUCAACCAGAAGAAGAAGAAGAAAAAGAAGCGGCGGCAUUCUGAGGUGGAGGGCGACGCAGAGCCAGUCACGUCCCCAGCCGCAGCGACGCCAACCGGCCUUGUGGAAUCGGCUAUCGAGAAGAAGCGGAAGAAGAAGAAGAAGAAAAAGCGAAAGAGGGAGAACGAGGAUGGCGGGAAAACGAAGGAGAGAGAGUGCGUCACGUCUCAUCUGGACACAUCGAAUCAGGAAGAGGAUUGGUGUGAGGGUGGCAUAUGGAGUCUUACAUCCCAUCCAGAUGCGGAACAGUCUAAGCAAAGGCCUCCGUUACCCGCCGCAACCCCAACGCAGUGCGAGUCCAGUCAGAAAGAAGAGGGAAGGGACUCCCUGAAGCUGAAGAAGAAGAAGAAGAAGAAGAAAAAGAUGCAACUGGCUCUGCAGGACACAACGUCAGCGUGCUCUGCAUCAGAAACCCCUUCUGAGACGAAGGCCGCAGUCGAACACAAAGGCUCGGGAGAUUUGAAAAUGUUGAAAAAGAAACUGAAGAGGAAGAAGAAGAGGCUAAAAGAAGAGGUGAGACUGUGGGUGGAGAGCAGGCGACGCUCGGACGGCCAGAACGACGAGCCUGAAGCAGCGGAGCCCCCCGCCAAAAAGAACGCCACGGAGAACGGCAACAUAAGUAAACAAGGCACAGCCACAGUGGUAAUGUGGGACAGCCAAGUGAAGGACGGCUACAAGCGCAGCCAGGCGCCAGCGGCUGAUGGAAGCGCGUCAGGAGACACCCCGACAGGACCUGCUUCCGUUGCCUGGGAUGGGAAAAAGACAAGCGGGGUGGUGGAGGAGCUGCUCAGGAACGCCACCGAUAAGGCCUACGGAGCCAACGUCCUCAGCUGGGAUGGAGAGGUCUCCGCUAUUAGCAGAGACGCCAUCGACGAUGUCCGCCAUGCCAAGUGUGACACUGUGAUCGACGAGUGGGAUGAAGACUUUGACCGGGGAAAGGUGAAGAAAGUGAAAAACUAUAAGAGAGAGAGGUUGAGAAGCGGCAGCAGCAUCUUCCAGAAGAUCCAGGACAGGCGGAGCAAGUGGUCUGUAACACCCGGAGGGAAGAGAGUUUUUGGAGUCCGUCGCUGAGAGCCCAGAUUGCUGUUGAGCUCAUGCUGACUACAAAUAGCAACAACAAUACUGUAUACCAAACUUCUGUACCUUCUCUCACUCUUUUUUUUUUUUCUUUUUUAAAUCUCUCUGUCCCUCAAAUUUAAGACCCAAAUUCUUGGAUUACUUGAGCCGAAAGCAGGACACACAGCCCCCCUUCAAUCUCAGUUUUCAAUGAACAUGAAUUGUUGUCGUCAGGCUUCAGUAACACUGGCCUGUGGGAUCUGACACCCUCGUAUCCCCUUUUAAGCCACAGUAAGUGGCUCAGGCUUUUCUAUGCAUGCAGUAUUUAACAGAAACCCAAACACCUCCAUGUCAAAUAAACUUCUGUGUGUUGGCAUCCUUUAAGCCCUGGUUGUUGCCACAGCAAUCAGGCUGCUAUGACAUGAAAUCUAGUUUACCAUAUUUGAGAAGGGUAGGCUAAAAAUGAGAAAAUAUAUCUGCAACACUUUGGCUGUCUUGUGUUAAACUGUACACAAUCUCAGAGCAUACUUUUGCAGACAUAAGGGCUCAGUAAGUUGGACAUUUAAAAAAAAGUGACCUUUUUUUUUUUAAUCUUCUCUUGAAAUUAUUCUAUACCAAAUUAUAAAUAUCAAAAAUGGUUUAUUAAUUAAAAUGUGUAUUAUUUUAGAUUUCUGCAUAUUUUCCUUUUAUACCUUUAUCCGCUGUUGUUUUAUGUUGCUGCGGUGUCUGUGCCAUGUGGCUUGUUUUUAAGGACCAAAUUUUGCCUGCAUAUUGUCGGUAAAAUUAAGGUUUAAAAGUGCCACCCCCCCCCCCCCACCCCCCCCCCCCCCCCCCCUUUUUUUAUUUUAAUUUACACGCCUAAACUGGUUAAAAAAAUGUACUGAGGUGAAUUCUGUUUUUAGUCCUGCUGUCUUGGUUUUCUACCCUUUUCUCUUUGCUAAGGUCCAGUGUGUGGGAUUUUGACAAUCUGCAACCUAGUGGCAAGGUUGCAGAUUGCGGCCAACUGAAUACACCUCAUCUCACUCUCCACUACGGUGGCGCCCUCUGGGGCCAGUGUUUGGUUUGUCCGUUCUGGGCUGCUGUAGAAACAUGAAGAGCCCAAGUAACAAAAACACAACGAUUCUUAAUUUCAGGAGAUUAUACGUGAAUUAAAACAUGACUGUGAAUAUUACAUUAAUGCAAAUAGAUCGCCCUGAAUCCUGCACACCGGACCUUUAACAAAUGAAAUUUAUUUUAGAUUUAAUGUUGAUGAAUUUUCCACCACGGAAAGAUGCUCUGCCGAUCCCCAUGAACCAUUUGGCUGUUUGUGGAAGUGUUGACAUUGACAAACAACACAGCGGACGCUUGAGUUUCUUCAUAUCUUUAAGUUUACCCGGAUGUUGUUGUUUUCUGACAGCUCACAGUCCAAUGUGCGUUUGCAGAGUAGACGUUGGGGUCGUUGGAGGAACUCGGUCAGGAGCAGUUGUUUUCUACUGUGCAGCUAUUAAACUAUGUAGCUCAUCUCAUCAGUCCAGCGUUCAGAAGCUCUCAGUGUGGAGAUUUGACCUUUCCAUUCUCUGUAACAAACCUCGCCACAAACUGUUCAUUACCAGUGUAUUGAAAUAAAAGGGUUACAUUUUAUACUUGA